AGGGCACAGCGCGGUGCUAGCCAGACCUGAACGAGACACAGCCAGACACACCGACACCCAGCCAGGGCGCGCACCCCCCCCGGGAGGGGGCGCAAACCCGAGGUCCCAGCGGGGCGCAGACCGAGAUCCGAGAGGGGCGCAGACCCCGCGAUCCACCAGGGCGCAGGAGGGGGGGCGCGGCGCAGCGCAGGAGGGGCGCAGACCCCAGCGGGGGAGGGGGGGAAGGCGCAGGGAAAGUGCCCCGUGCGCCCAUGAGUGUUGCCCAGGGAGCCGAGCUCUUCCCGGGCUCCGGGGACCUCCCCGAGAAGGCGAUGGCCGAGCUGAAGUCCCUGGGCAGCGACCCCUACCUGGCCCUGGCUCAGAGCUACGGCCAGUCCGCCUUCGCCUACGGCCCGGGGCGCGGCGCGGCGGAGAGCCCGCGGGGCUACGCGGGCGGCGGCGGGGCUUUCCACCCCAACCCGCUGGGCAAGUCGGCGGAGAGCAGCGGCGAGCAGAGCGGGGACGAGGAGGACGCCUUCGAGCCGGCCCAGGGGAGCCCGGCGUACGAGCGGGACGGCAAACUCAAGGCGGGCGCCCUGGGGAAGAAGCCCAAGGAGCCGCGCUCGCUGCGGCUUAGCAUCAACGCCCGGGAGCGCCGGAGGAUGCACGACCUGAACGACGCGCUGGACGGGCUGCGCUCGGUCAUCCCCUACGCCCACAGCCCCUCGGUGAGGAAACUCUCCAAAAUCGCCACCCUGCUGCUGGCCAAGAACUACAUCCUCAUGCAGGCGCAGGCUCUAGAGGAGAUGAGGCGGCUCGUGGCCUACCUGAACCAAGGGCAGAGCCUCAGUACCCCUCUCCCUGCCACACUCAACCCCUUCGGACAGUCAGCGGUGUACCCCUUCUCGAGCACAGCCCUGCCCAGCUGCCCUGAGAAAUGCACUGCCUUCCCCGGGACAACCUCCACUCUCUGCAAACACUGUCAUGAUAAACCUUGAGUUCUUUUGCCUGUCCGCUUUUCUUCCCACUCCAUCAGCCCUGGCUUCCAACCAUCAGUUAAGUUUCUUUUUUUUCUUUUGUAUUUGACUAUUUCUUUUGCUCUCUCAUUGGGAAAUAUUUGAAAGCUGUUUGGACAAAACAACCCCGCCGUUUUAAAGUUCACUUAGCUAAAAUUCUGUAAAAUGCUCCCCACCCCUCCAUGGUUUUUAAUGCAAUCAUGCUGCUUGCAACUUUCUGUAGUGUUUUUUUUUAUUUAUUUUCUUCCCAGCCUGUUAAUGGAUUAACUUUGAGCAUAACUUUUGCCUAUCAACUUGCUUUGGCCCACAAAGUUUCUUGGUCCGUUUAAACAAAGUUUUUAAAACACACCCAUACACAGAGAGAAAAUCUGGAAAUGGAAAUCUCAGUGAGUUUUCUUUGGAUUGAUCAACCUGGGUAAAAACUAUGCAAUGUUUUCAGAAUGCAAAAUCACCUAUAAAAAGGGGGAAAUUAAUCUAAUAGUGCCCAAGAAUUAAACUAAAAUGCCGUCUGAUCAGCUCUCAGGUGUUUGUUGUGGUGUUGGUAAAACCAUGGAAGCUUUACAAUUAUUAGUUUAUUUUCAAGUUAAGAAUCCAUUCUUGGACUGACAAAAGUAUUUUGAUUGUACACUGUUGCCUGUUUUUUUGCCUGUUUCUCAACUUGGUUGGGUUUUCCAGAUGAUUUUCCAAAGUCAUUGCUCAUCUUUGGUAAACAAAACAUAAAAUCACUCAACGUAUUAAAGUGUAUUUAUAACAAAUAAAAGACAUGAAUAACCACUUACUCUGUCCUACAUCUCUCUAAACCAGUUGGCAGUCUAAGCAAAAUAAAUGAUGAAGUCAAUGUAAGGUGUAAAGAAACAUCAUUUGGAUUAGACUGGUGGAAGUUAGUUUAUCUGUUUCUAUGUGUCAAGACAAAGAGAGAGCGAGAUGAGACACAAAAGUAUGUUUAACACACUUCUGACAAAAUAAAGGCAAGAAGAACCAUUGCUGAAGCAAAAACGACUAGGAAAUACAAAAAUCAUUUUAAACUCUGCAGACUGAGUCAGUGCCAGAAAUGAUUUUCAACAAAGGUUCAAUUUUAACACUAAAGCAUGAUUUUAUGAUAAACGCUUAUUAAUUCUAGCUGAAAGCGCUGGAAACGGAGCAGUUGGUGUUAUUUAAAUGCAGAAUAGUUUAAUUGUUAAGUUUCCACUCUUAUUAAAAUAGCUGUAGAAUAAAGAAUUUAACAGUUUCAUAUUAAAAACAAGCUUGUUUGAUUCAGAGAUGAUCAUUAAUAACGAUGGGGUUUAUAAUUGCUUCUUUUUCUGAUAGCUUAAGGAAGUCUCCAUGGAUAUAAGGUGUACUGUAGAACAAUGCUAUUGGAUAUAAUUUUAUUGAUUAACUUUUCUCUCAAUUUUCCAGUAAAAAAAUGCUUCCUUAUUUUGUCAUAUCCAUCCUCCAAUUAAAAUAUCCACUUUCUAAGGGACCUUGAGAUAUUCAGAACUCUGCUCAGAACCAAUUUUGAAUUAAAUGCUCUCAUACCCAGUAGGAUAAAAAUGGAAUUUCAAACAUAGAAGAUCAAGAAAAUCAUAUGGAAAUGUGGCAAGGUUACAGUAUCUAAGUACUUUUUAAAAGCUGGACAUUCAAAAGCAGAAAUCUAGAAUUCACCACAGUAAUGUUAAAAUAACGUCUAAGACAUGACUAAAAAUAUACAUCAAGGUGUAUAUUUAUAACUUAGAAGUAGAGAGAGUCUACUUAUUUCCUUUUUCUUUCCUGCAUAUAGCACCAGUAUAGCAUUUAACUAGAACAGAGUAAACCAUAACUAUUUAAUGGUUAGUCUGAAAGCUAGGCACAAUGAUAAAUUGUUUCCAUCUAACAGUGUCUGCAGUACUUACAAACUUUUACACAGGUAAGCAACCCUUCUUCUGUUUUCUUGUUAACCAGAAGGUGUCUGCUUCAGUUUAAUUUAUAUCUUAUAUUUGUAAUGUUGUUAAAGUCUCAGUGAGGAUAAUUCUUAACUUUGGAUGAAAGAAAUCAGGUUGUGUCCACACUUCUCUAAUAAUACCUAAUGCGAGAAUAUUGCAUUUGCAGGUACAGUAUCUUCAGAGUUAACCUUGCAAUAAAUUGACAACAUCCUACAGAUUGUCAUUUGAUUUCACCCUUUUCAUGUAAUUUUCAGUUCAAAUUAUAUUUUAUAUUCCACGUGAGAAUAAAAUCUGUGGCAUUCAGCAAUUUUUAGGGGGUGCAAAAGGAGGAUUUUGAAAUUUUGAGAAUCCGUUUUUAUGUUAAAAUACUCUUGUUCUUAUCUUGCCUAGCCUUCAUUUUAAUAUUAAUUGUGUUGUAUGCUCAGAUAAUACUGAAAUGCAGCUUGUGUAUGAAUCUAUUAAUUAUCUUAUUACUGUUCUCCUUAAUUUAAUAGAAAAUACACUGAAUGUCAGCUUUAAUUAAAAAAUAUCGUUUUCUAGUUCCAUUUAGUUUUCCAAACUUUAAGAGCAGCUGGUGUGAAACACCUUUAGAAAGACAGGCAAAGAGGGAAAUGGUUCUCAAGUAUCUGUCGCUUGUAAGAUAUGUAAUAUUAGUCACUAGCAUUAAUGUUUUUCUAAUCAGUAUAAUCUUAUUAACUGUGAGUAGGAAACAGUUGUCAAUUUGCAUUGCUAAUGUCAAAUCUUGGCUGAAGUGUUCUUUAGAUUACAAGAUAAAACUUGAUUAACGAAAUACAGGGAAGCAACAGGUUUGAAGAUGAGGAGUCCAGAGUACAGUCUACUUUUAAUUCUCUUUGCUGAAACCCAGUCAGUUACAACUUAUAGACUGUAGUAAAGGUAAUGAAGCCUUUUACUACCCUUUAACCAUCGUGACUAUCCAGUUUUCUGCUAGAAACCAGGCUUCUCUGAAUUCCCAAAGCAGUCAGUCAUAGCACAAUUUAAGUUAUAAUUCUAUAUCUUUGUUGUAGUCAUUCUUUCCGGAUACAUUUCUACGAUUUAAGUCUUUAGUAGAAGUGAGGUUUAUCAGGAAGCAAUGGGUGUGGGGCCCAAUCCUGCUCCCAUUGAAGUAAUUGGCAAAACUUCUACUAACUGCAGUGGAGCCCUGGCUUUACAGAACUCAAAUUGUGAACUGAAAGCAAUACGAUGCAACUCUAUUUAUUGUAAAAAGCAUCAAAAGGAGCAGGAAUUUGUACAGCCUUUAUCCCGUUACUGUUUUAGACCUGCACCAUGGUUACAAAGUAUGGACCACUGGUGGAUGCAGGCCUCAAUGUACUGCUUCCACAUACUUAGAACAAGCCAGGUAUUGCCAACUGUGUCCUGGCUGAGUGGUAUUUAAGUUAUUGGAAGCAAAGUGUCCCAGCGUAGCAAGUUCCUGGCCUCUCUUUCCAAAACACAGACUAUUUCGAGUGACUCAGUCUACAAGGCAAAAACUAGGCAUUCAGUGUUAUGAAGGGGGAGGGGAGGGAAUAAGUAAGCGAAUAGGAUACUUAGCACAGAGACCAUCCUGCAAAGCACUAGUAGAUACCAGGGUAAAAUAUUCUACAUAAUAAUAUUCAAUACCAAAGAGAAUAAUGAACUGAAGCCUGCAAAGCAUUUGCAUCAUUUUAUGAACUAAGUCGUCUAAACUGUAGUACUAAUGUUGUGGCUUCAGAGAGAUUUUUAUAUUUAGCAGGACAGAAAGGUACUGCAUCCCCUCUGCAAAAUGAAACAAGAUUGUUUAGCUGGCAUUAAGAUGGUGUAGAUUUGGAAAAGUUCAAAUAUUUGCAUAAAUUUACAAAUAAAUUUCCAUUAACAUUAUUCCAAAUGUAAAAGGCUUGGGUUUUACAGCAUUAUUAAAGCUAAUAUACAUUAUUAUUACAUGUGCUUUAUUGCCCAACAUGUAAUUUUACAGUAUUUGAAACAUCCAAAGAGCAGUUUUUAUCCUAAGUUAACACAAUUUUUU